UGCUCUUAUUACCGUCUCAGUCCCCCCUCCCCUGGUCCGGGUUUUCGCUCGCUGCAAUCCCUCUCCUCCCUCUCCCCCCCCCCCUUCACGCCGUUUCUUCGUGACACAGUCCUGCGCGCCGUUUCUCGAUCGAUUUACCUUUGUGGCUUGUCUCAAGUCUGUAGGCCCUCGACGCGCGGGAGGUUACUGCUCUUCUAACCAUCCAUCACUCCGAGGACUAACACCGAAGGAGGGGGGGACUACUGUAUUGAGUCCAGUCGCUUCCUACAUCCGACCAGCAUGCUUGACUUUCUAAGGAAAAAGUCGUCCGAGUCCGAGUCGGCGCCGCCGCCGCAGGAGACCUUGGCCGCGCCGCGCAAACCGUUCCGGAAGGCCAUCAUCCCCGUCAUCGCGUGCGGCGCCGGUCUCUUCUCCGACGGGUACAUCAACAACGUUAUCGGGUCCGUCACCACUGUCCUUGCGCUUCAGUAUGGCGACCUCUACAAGACCUCCAAUGCCAAGAAGUACGUCGGCGACAUCGCUUUCGCCGGCACCGUCGUCGGCCAGCUGGCCUUUGGCUGGCUCGCCGACCACUGGUCGCGCACCAACUCGCUUCUCGUCUCGACCGUCAUCCUCGUGGUCUUUACCGCACUCGCUGCCGGGUCGUACUUCAAGGGUGACGCCGUCGGCAUGUUCAACAUCCUGGCCGCGUGGCGCUUCUUCGUCGGUAUCGGCAUCGGAGGAGAGUAUCCCGCGGGUAGCGUCGGCGCCGCAGAGUCCACCGGCGAACUGAAGUCGGGCUCGAGGAACCUCUGGUUCAUCAUGUUCACUAACACCAUGAUCGACUGGGGCUUUGUCAUCGGCGCGUUCGUGCCGUACGUGGUCGCUGCCGCGUGCCACAACGGACACUACAGCACCAUCUGGCGCACCAGCCUGGGCAUCGGCGUCGUCUUCCCCAUCUUCCUCUUCGUGCUCCGCCUGUUCGUCAAGGAGCCCGAGGAGUUCACCAAGAACUCGAUGCGCUAUGCCAAGACGCCCUACCUGCUGUCCCUCAAGUUCUACGGCUGGCGCCUCUUCGUCGUCAGCCUGAUCUGGUUCAUCUAUGACUUCUCGGCCUACUCCUUUGGCAUCUACUCCUCCACCAUCCUGAGCAAUCUGUACGGCAACACGGCCCCGCUGACGACCGUCUUCGGCUGGAACACCGUCAUCAACCUGUUCUACAUCCCCGGCACCAUGCUCGGCGCGCCCGCCUCGGACUGGCUGGGACCACGGUACGCCCUCGCCCUCGGCGUCUUCUUGCAGGCCGUCGUGGGCUUCAUCAUGGCGGGCGACUACUUCAACCUGUCGCAACCCGGCAUGGUCGGCGGCUUCGUCGUCGUCUACGGCGUCUUCCUCGCCCUGGGCGAGUUCGGGCCAGGGAACAACAUUGGUCUGCUGGCGGCUAAGACGUGCGCGACGGGCAUUCGCGGCAAAUAUUACGGCGUCGCUGCGGCUAUUGGAAAGAUAGGCGCCUUCGUGGGGACUUGGGUCUUCCCGUACAUCCAGGCUGCCGCUGGAGACGACGCCGUCGCCUCGGCCCAGUACCCCUUCUGGGUCUCGUCGUCCCUGUGCGUCCUGUCCGCCGCCCUCGCGAUCUUCUGCCUGCCGCACAUCGGCCAGGACACCAUCGCCAUCGAGGACGCCCGCUACCGCGCCUACCUGGAGGCCAACGGCUACGACACGCGACAGCUGGGUCUCAAGAGAGGCGAGAGCGUUGAGAGCGCGGACGAGCGGACCCCCGUGGAGGGCUUGUCUGAGACGACCAAGGGCGAGAAGACGGUUGGGUGAGUCAGAUGGAUAAGAGUAGUUAUGGGCGGUGAUGGAGAGGACGUGGCGCAAUGAUGCCAGCUACGGGUGGUCGAAGUGUCUGGGAAAUCCAUGGAAAUCAUUGCAGAGCCUUUGGAGCAGCGGAAUCGGGCCACUGAUGCUGGCCGUAAGCCCCCCCAAAGUGUUGAGUGAGAUGCUUGGGUAUCUGAUCACACUAUAAUGAAUAUUCUCAAUACUCAC